ACAUUUUGGCCAAAUGCGCAACGGGAUAGGCCUUUGGGUUAGUAACCUAUAAUAGCCUAUACUAAUCUAACAUUUUGGCAUGCACCUCAAUAACACAAAAUGGCACAAGGAAGGAACCUCUGGGUGUUACGUAACGGUGGCGCUGAAUGACCAGUGACUCGGCUUGAUGGAAAUAGCUUUUGUAGCAAGCUUGGGUGAAUGUUAUUAGCUAAACCCUUUAUAAUUUGCUGACCUGCACGUAUGGUCAGUUCUUGGAGCGGAUAUAGCCUAUAGUAUAGUUAUAUUAUAAAGAGGCUAUCAUAUGGUCUGUAAAGAGGCUAUCAUAUGGUCUGUAUGGCUAAGUUAUCUAAUUAAUGGAAUCCUCUGAAAUAAUGAGUUUUUUAGGCUAUGAUAUAUCAAACGUACUAGUUAUGUCAGUCUAGUUUGCAUCUAAGGAUGCCUAACUCAAAGGGGCCAUAGGCUCAUGAGAAUCUAUACGUCCAUAAUAUAACGAAAUAACUAUGGAAUUGUUCUUUGCACACAAGAUAGUGCUAGACUUGUUGUUGUAUAGGCUAUUCUAUGACAGACAGUAUUUGGUUGCAUCACCCCGGCAUUAGACAGAGGUCUGAACUGCAGCUAAAGUACCUCGGUUGAGUUCUUGCUAAAUUAUGAUUGAUGACGUGGCUAUUUGUUAAGCGCAGACUGUUGCCAAAUAGCCAACAUUACCAACGAGAGAAAAUUGCAUUGAGGAGUAGGUUGGCAAUCCACCCCAGAAUUCAGCUUCUGCCGCCGUCGAAGUUCGCAGCCUUCUUCCAUUCAGGAACAUAAUAUUGAAGCUAUUUUAUAUGAAUUGGCGUGCUGCAGAUAGCCUACUAACUAUAUUGUGCGGGGAUCGAAUAGCCCUAUAUUGGAACCCACAAAGACCAAGCAUAACCAGCCAACGGUACAGCCAUGCAGAGUGGACACUCGAAUUUCGUCGAAACACAACUUCAUCAUGUUUCGCGCCCUCAAUGUCAAAGACGGUGACAUUGUUGCAACUCAUAGUUGCGGAGGUUGUCUGGGUAUUUUGAAUUGACAUUUUAUUAACGAGUUAAGCUACGGCGGUGUAGUAGCUGGCUUGAUAUGUUAUUACAUUUUUUCCCCUCGUGGUUCAGUCUGGCCACAUUGUUUACGUUUUUGCGCGUGGCUGUCAGUCUACUUUGUAAAGGUCAUUGAGUUGCCAUACCCCUGUUACCGUAGGGUAGGGUAUCACACAGAAGCAAAUCUGGUUCCCUUGGAAACUGGAUAACGAGAUCAGCAACCGCUAUUUUUCUAGACGUGGAUAGAGGGUCUGUCUGUCUGAACUAAUUAUGUUAACGACAAUUUUCUUGGAUCCUAGACUGAUCUACGGUUAGAUUUUUGUUGGGGGGGAGCUUGCUAAGACACUGCCAAGGAGGGGCUCUUUAUCAAAUAAUGCUUAGAUGAUUGAAUGUAUAAAUUCAUCAAGAGACAGAUGUCAGUGCCCCAGUUGAUGGAUUCUGACAUGGACUAUGAGAGGCCAAAUGUUGAGACUAUCAAGUGUGUGGUGGUAGGGGACAACGCUGUUGGGAAGACCCGCCUUAUCUGUGCCCGGGCCUGUAAUGCCACACUCACUCAGUACCAAUUGCUUGCUACACAUGUACCCACUGUCUGGGCCAUAGACCAGUACAGAGUUUGCCAGGAGGUUCUGGAGCGAUCUAGGGAUGUGGUGGAUGACGUCAGUGUGUCGCUGCGGCUCUGGGACACGUUCGGGGACCAUCACAAGGACCGACGCUUUGCGUAUGGAAGGUCGGAUGUGGUGGUUCUGUGUUUCUCCAUCGCCAACCCCAACUCCUUGUACCAUGUGAAGACCAUGUGGUACCCUGAGAUCAAACAUUUCUGCCCCCGGGCUCCAGUCAUCCUGGUGGGCUGCCAGCUGGAUCUGCGCUACGCUGACCUGGAGGCAGUCAACAGGGCACGACGGCCACUAGCAAGACCCAUUAAAUACAAUGAGAUUCUGCCUCCAGAGAGGGGCCGUGAAGUGGCCAAAGAGCUGGGAGUGCCAUACUAUGAGACCAGCGUUGUGGCUCAGUUUGGAGUAAAGGACGUAUUUGAUAACGCCAUCCGGGCCGCCCUAAUCUCACGACGCCACCUGCAGUUCUGGAAGUCACACCUGCGCAAUGUGCAGCGGUCCCUCCUCCAGGCCCCCUUCCUGCCUCCCAAACCCCCACCACCCAUCAUCACUGUGCCACCUCCCCCCACCACCACUGAGGAACAUCCUGGCCGUCUUCUAGAGGACCCCCUGUGUUCCGAUGUCAUCCUGGUCCUACAGGAGAAGCAGAGAAUCUUCGCCCACAAGAUCUACUUGGCCACGUCCUCCUCCAAGUUCUAUGACCUCUUCAUCCUGGACGCCCGGUCUGAGGAGACUGAGCGGCCCCCGCGCGCCACCGCUCUGUCUGGCCGUGAGAUGCUGAUGCGUGCUGCCAGCUUUGAUGUGUGUGAGAGCCCUGACGAAGGUGACAGGGCCAACCUGCGGGCCUGCACCAGUGACGGCACCCUGAGGGACUCUGAAGGGGGCCGGAGGGGCAGACUGCUGUCUACCUGGAGCAGGGCUUUUGUCAGCAUCCAGGAGGAGAUGGUGGAUGACCCAGUGACCUACAGCCCCAGGCCUAUGACCGUGGUGCACAUGGACCAGUCCAUGCAGCUGGGGCCCUUCCGCGCUGUGCUGCGCUAUCUGUACACUGGUCAGCUGGACGAGCACGAGAAGGAGCUAAUGCACAUCGCACACAUUGCUGAGCUGCUGGAGGUCUUUGACCUGCGCAUGAUGGUGGCCAAUAUCCUUAACAACGAGGCCUUCAUGAACCAGGAAAUCACCAAAGCCUUUCAUGUACGGCGCACCAACAGAGUCAAAGAGUGCCUGGCCAAAGGCACCUUUUCUGAUGUAGUGUUCAAGCUGGAUGAUGGAACGAUCAGGGCCCAUAAGCCCCUGCUUAUCUCCAGCUGUGACUGGAUGGCAGCUAUGUUUGGGGGGCCCUUUGUGGAGAGCUGCACCAAAGAAGUGCUGUUUCCUAACACGACUCGCAGCUGUAUGAGGGCUGUGCUGGAGUACCUGUACACUGGGCGCUUCUGUUCCCGCACUGACCUGGAUGCCAUGGAGCUCAUUGUUCUUGCCAACCGUCUUUGCCUCCCACACCUAGUUGCACUAACAGAACUCUACACAGUGACAGUCCUGAUGGAGGCUGCUAUGAUGGGGGCUGAUAUUGACGGAGAUGUGCUGUUAUACCUGGAGAUGGCUCAGUUCCAUUGUGCCCAACAGCUAACUGGCUGGUGCCUUCACCACAUCUGCACCAACUAUAAUAGUGUGUGCCGCAAGUUUCCUCGAGACAUGAAGGCCACGUCUACAGACAACCAGGACUACUUUGAGAAGCACCGCUGGCCACCAGUGUGGUUCCUGAAGGAGGAUGACCACUACCAGAGAGCAAGGAAGGAGCGGGACAAGGAGGACUACCUGUACCAGAGGAGGCAGUGUAAACGCAAGUGGCUCUUCUGGAACUUUCCCUCUACUCCCUCUGCCAACUCCGCCUCUUCUGGUUCCAAUGCUGUCGUCUGAUUGGCACUCAGGUUACAGGCAAGGCCCUCUGGGGGGAUCUGUAGAGAUGACUUGGGAAAGUGGAGAAUCAGCACCGUUGGCCAGACACUAGGCCCACUCAUUCAGGCCCUCACCUCUCCCUCCCUCAUUUCUGUUUUGCAUCUGCAGCCAAGCUACACUCCCCCAGGUUUGCAGGGUCAGCUAAAUCCGAUAAUGAACAAAAUUAGUGUCUUUCUUUUUGUGUUAGCAUAUCCAUGCAAAGACAAUGAAGCGUAAAACUUAAAGAUCAGUGACUUAAACCUUAUGAACAAGGCAAGGUAGAUGGUGCUGGUGACUGCUCAAUAUGUUGUUGAUAUUCCUGCAUACACCACCAGGGGGAGAACUGAGCAAGUUAUGAAGGGGCUUUGCUUCAAGGUAUAGAACUGUGAUACUAAGCUCAUGAUAACCAUUGACUGACUUGAAUUGACAACCAAGUGCUUAUCAGCUGCAACAGGCAUAGCAAAGACCAAUGACCAGCAAAGUAACACAGAAAUCAAAUCUCAGUGAUAACACUUUCUUGCCCUUAAGUGUUUGCACAAUCUACCAAACCAGGAUGUGUACAGUACAAGUAUAAUCACUCAACCAGAAAUAUCAACAAAAUGCAUUAGGUCUGCAUUAAGAUGAAUCUAUUCAAGUCAUAUAGGACAUCCCCUUAGAUCAUCUGCCUACUGGGAACCACUAAGUCUGUGCAGAAUUACGACUUAAAUGAAAACAGCGGAGAUUUGACUCCUGUCAUCUUUUGUACAGUUAUUGUAUAUUGCAUUUUUCUGUACAACUUGCACAGCUGACAUUGAUGUGAGUGUAUACACGACCCCUGUGUUGUGACAUGUGGCUACAUGUCAGAAAAGGGCUUUCUUUUACACGGCCACAUUUGUCUUUUGACAAGAUGCAAGAGAACCUGAAUCACAGAGUAUUGUUCAGCAUUUGCUUUUGAAACGCCAACAAACACAAACAAAGCUCACCACUAUGUGUUGCAACAAUGGAAUAGCUUUGCACUACCAAGUUUCCUUUUCCUUAAAAUCGGCAAUUGUACCUUAUCAGGACAGUCUGAUAUAUUUAUCCCCGUAUCUUGGACCCCACAGCUUUGUGGUGAAUGCCACUAUCAACCGGAACAUUCUACAUUAUAGCAAUGGAUCUGGUGCAUUUCAGAAACCAAUAGGCCAACUCUUGGACUUGGAGAAUCCACAUGUACAGCAGUUCCCCUCUUAGACGGUGGGGUCUUAGGCUUGUCUGUCUAUAAUGGCAGUGACCUUGCCUUUUAGAAGUUUGACAUUAUGCUUAUAGGGUAUCCCUGUGAUUGCGUGUCAUUGGUUAUUUCAGACGUACACAUACAGGAGACUGUCUCGUGUCUGGGUAUAAAUUCCUCCUCACACCCUGCUACCUGACUCUUCUCAAGAGAGGUGAGAGCACCACCUGUAUAUAUCCGCAUUCUGAUGAGAAGAGCACCGAGGCCAUUACAGUACUGGACACACAUGUGUCUGACAAGCUUCAAACAGUCUAAAUGGGCUUGGAGAGAUGAUCAUAGAAUGAGAAAAAUAACAGCACUACAGAACAAGUUGAUAGGAAGAUGAAUUUAAAUCCUCAGUGUACGCUGAAGAGAUAUCUGAAGAGGAUGUUUAUAUCCCUGUUGUCAUUUCACCAACGACAACCCACAGUGUUGUUUUGAUUUAUAAGCAUGGUGCUCAUUCAUUGUUGUGAGUAUUUACAGCAGGUGUAUAUCAAAAGUGGAUUACUGAUUUCUAGCAACACUUUACAUGAAGUUGUCUCCAUUGCAGUGCCCUGGAAUUACUAUGGAAUGCCGGUGGUGACCAGAAAUAAUAACAAAACUUGACUUGUUUCACACACACAUAAUUAUGAAUGCUGCUAACUUAUCAAGGAAAUUGAAAAUCCAUGUUUUUUUUGCGCUAUUUGGGCAACUUAUUGUAAGGUGUGAUAGUCUACUAGAUUCUGUUUGUUUUAUGGAUAGUUUUUUCAGAUUUCUCCAGUGCUUGUGCUGACCUCCGAUUACAUGUAUGGUAUGCAGGCAAACUGCUUUCAGAUCAAAAGAAGUGGCUCUAUGGCUUGAGAAGGAAAAUAUGACACGGAGCACCCUCCCAGCCAAUAUACAUUAUUGUCAAGAAUUUGCUUGUAAAAAGAUAUAUAUAUAUAUAUAUAUAUAUAUAUAUAUAUAUAUAUAAAAUAAUAGAUUGUAGACAUAGCUUUUUGUAAGAUAAUGUAAGUUACUUGUAGGAUAUUGUUCUCCUUCAUGCACUUAGAAAAUAUAGCCUACAUCCCGUAUGACAUCACUACGAGCUUUAGUCAUUUAAAUGCCAUGAAUCCACUUAAAAAUCUAACAUGAUAUCUCAAAAUGUUGUUUAAAUGCUCAAUUAUACAAAUAGACUGCAUGUACAAGGCUCAUAUAGAUGUGUAAUCUGUAAUUUAAGGUAUAGAUUAUGGCAGUGCAGGAGCACAAGGCAGUAGCUUUACAUUUUUUGAUCAAGUUCAUAUGUGAUUUGUUGCUAUAAUCUAAUUGAAAAAGGCAGGUUUGACAUGUGUAUCUUGUAAAAGGAUUAAUCACUUGGCAUACCAUCCCAACUCAUAAUCACUUGGAUCAUUCUGUAUUGCACUGGACAUCCGAGUAUGUAGGCUUGUUUAGUCGUCAAUGUUCUGUUUUUACCAAGUAGUGAAAUUAUUCAUUGUUUUGGAAUUGUUGGUCUGUAAAAUGGUUUUGUUGUGUUUUGUCAAAUUGGUAAAUGCAUCAAUGAACCACUGUCUCACUUUGAAAUAUUGUAUUAAUCAUAUAUUUUAACAAAUUUACCCUAAGAAGAUGUAUGUUUUGAUUCAGGCCUUUGUUCCUUUUUUUCAGUUUUUUCCAUUCCACUUGACAAUCCGCAUUUACAUGCUGUGGUUGAAAUGCAUUUGAGUUGAUUUCUCAUUUAACCCUCUUCUGCUAAUGCACUGCAUCCAAGAAGACACCUCAUGCCUUAAUGUAUAGUGUGUGAGAGACAUUGAAUGUAGAUAUUGUUACUGUGGUCACUAGUUUGUGUGUACUAAAGAUGUGUCAAUGCACCAUGGUACUGAAGGCUUUGUUGUGUAAGUGUACAUAUCUGAGUGUGGCAUUAAUGUGUGUACACUUGAAAGCAUCGUGAGCCUGUGCUUUUGUUAAUUUAGACAAUGUUUUGGUUUAAUAUUUUCAUUCUCUGAUCGGAAUGUUUAGUAGUAAACCACUUUUCACCACACCAAUAGACUAACACGAUGACAAGCCCGCUCUAGAAAACACAUUAAUCAAUUACAAAAGUCAGCACAUCCCCAUCAAAUUAAUGCAGAGAAUACUAAUUCUAAUUUGUUUUCUGAUCAUUAACUUCACUAUGGAGAAUUAUCAGUAUUAUCAUUACAAUGGAUGGCAUUGACAUGGUGUGGGAAUUAGAAGUUGGAUUAUAAAUCAAAAACAUAGAUAAUGGCCAAUUGUUUUACAACUGCCUGUUAUAAUGUGGCCGAGAAAAUAAAACAAGCUUUUAGCUGUACGUAUUUCAACAUAGAUACUAGCUGAAUUUGUACACUAUGCAGGACAUAGGCAUACCAGUGUCGUUUAAACCAUAAAUGCACAUUGCAUUAUGUAGACUGAGAGCCUUAGCUUUGAUUUUCAUCGAAUUGUAUAAGGGGGUAUGACAUGUACACAGCUCAUAUUCUUAGACGAGUAGGCAACUUCAGGUGUUAAUUGCAAAUAUAUUAUUACUAGAUAAAAAUAAAGUUAUAACUCAGAACUUUUAAAGCCCUUUUCCAUGUGUUUAGGUGCUAUAUCACUGCUGCAGAGAAGCACAAACCAAAGGGAGCUUGUAGCAGUACCAGGACACCAAUCUGCUGCACAAUCAGUUGCAUAGUUAUAAAUAAGACUUGUAUUGAAAUGGUUGAAUUCAAAACUUGAAUCUUUUCUCAGUGUUUAUAGCCUGGUCUGACAUUUUUGCUCGUCAACAGGUAUUUAUUUUUGUUGUUCUGGAGAGUCACAGAUGUUUGUAUUGUUUGUUAGGAGCUGUAGAUCUUGAGUUCUGUAGCAUGUGUUCUUGAAAUGUGUAAAUAGUGUUUAUGUAAUAAAUAUAAAGUAGCAGCCUGCA